AUGCCUCCGUACACGGUUCUUGUCAGGAUACUGGACGGAAACCAGGCGAGUUUUUGCUCUCGCAGGUCAACGAUAGUGAAGACCGAGACUAGAAGAUCGAUCGAUGCUGAUAGCAAGACCCUCCUCCAAUUUCUGUACGAGUCAGCGUCCGACACUGCCAAGUACGUAGCUCUUCAUACGUGGAGAAUACUGGGCAGUAAAUUCUACGAGCGCACCGAGAGCUCGAGCUUCAUGAUGCUCACGAGGGGCCGAUUUUUCGCGGGCUUAAACAUGGCCAAUGAUUAUGCCUCAUCUCGCAACUUGGAGUGCUACUGGUACGAGAUUUGGGACCGCACGCUCAACGUUCUUGCGAUGUCUAUGAACGACUACAACGUGCUUGUUUGCCCGCAGUGCACCGUUGAGAGGCUUGAGGGGACUCUAGACAAGAAUGGAGCGCCCCUUCCAGCUCAGCGCCGCUCGCCCGACUUCGGGGUGGAGGUCCGCCGUUUUUCGCACUCGAGACAAGCUCUAGUGUCCGAGCCUGUACUCCUCGCGGAGGUCAAACGCCCGUCCAAACCUCCUGGACCCAACAGAUCCCACGAUAUUGCGGAGGACAUGAAGAGGAUGCACAAACAGGUCAAGCAGCAGGCCCACCUUUCAUUCGACUACUAUCCGGCGGCUAACGACAUCCAUGUCCUUUGCUGCGUCGGCUCCGCAUUCUCAUUGUUGCAUUUCAAGAGGUCAGACAUGUCGCCGCAAGUGGUGGUCCGUCGAUACACGCGUCUGCAUCCAGCCCCGGAGCCUAACCCUGUGGAGGAAAAGCCGCAGCUCACCACUUCUCUUUAUUCGAAAGUAUACGAGCUACUUGGUCCCCAAGGCGACCAAUUCUCGACGGAGUUCAUGCAGAUAAUUCAGUAUAUCCUGCUACAGCGUGGGAAAACACUACAGCUUCAGGGAGACUGGUUCACGCCAGACCCUCUGCUAUCGCAGCGGUGGAUUGCGUCAAACCAGAGAGAACAAGAAUACCAGGGAAGAGCACCGAUCAGCCCAGUAAAUUGGCGUAGACGGCGUCUUGAACGCCGUAUGAGGCGCGAGCGUGGGAAAAGGGUCGUGCUAGUGCGCCGGUUCACGCAGGUUCACGCUGUCCUUGGCGACCUCCCCGCCCAUAUUUCUCGCUCGCUCUCGAUUAACUCGGUCAUGCGGCGCUCGACUAAGGAGUACUUAGCGCACGGAGCUCAGCGCCGCGCUCUCUAUGCCAUGGCCCUCGCCCGCAAGCGCAAGUUGCCAGCAGCAGCUGAAGGGCUUAACGAUGAUACAUUUGGCUCCGCCGCUGAAGUCGAUCGGUUUCCCUUCGCGUUGGUUGCGUCGGGCGCACCUCCAGCGACCACAGCAUCAGCCACGUCGUCUACGUCCACCUCCCAACCUUCGACUGUCCGGCGCGCUGCGUUGACCCGUGCGGGGCUCGAUACGGUCACCGAGUUCUUUGCACCGUUCAGAACAGGAAAGCAUGAGCUGCUCGCGCAAGAGGGCUAG